GCUGCAUCGCCCUCUCCCGACCCGACCGGGCACCAGCUGCAUCACCCCCUCCCGACCCGACCGGGCACCGGCUGCAUCGCCCUCUCCCGACUGGGCACCGGCUGCAUCGCCCUCUCCCGACCCGACCGGGCACCGGCUGCAUCGCCCUCUCCCGACCGGGCACCAGCUGCAUCACCCCCUCCCGACCCGACCGGGCACCGGCUCCAUCGCCCUCUCCCGACUGGGCACCAGCUGCAUCACCCCCUCCCGACCCGACCGGGCACCGGCUGCAUCGCCCCCUCCCGACCCGACCGGGCACUGGCUCCAUCGCCCUCUCCCGACCGGGCACCGGCUGCAUCACCCCCUCCCGACCCGACCGGCCACCGGCUGCAUCGCCCCCUCCCGACCCAACCGGGCACCGGCUGCAUCGUCCCCUCCUGACCCGACUGGGCACUGGCUCCAUCGCCCUCUCCUGACCAGGCACCAGCUGCAUCGCACCCUCCCGACCGGGCACUGGCUGUAUCACCACCUCCCGACUGGACAGGGCACCGGCUGCAUCACCCCCUCCCAACCAGGCACUGGCUCCAUUGCCCCCUCCCGACCAGACCAGGCACCAGCUGCAUCACACCCUCCUUACCGGAUCAGGCACCAGCUCCAUCGCCCCCUCCAAACUGGGACCCGGCUCCAUUACAUCGUCCCUACUGAACAUAGGCUCCAGCACUACCUCCAAGUCUAGUGGCGAGUGUCAAGGUCAUCCCUGGGGCAUCCCCAAAGUGGGUGCAAUUCUUCCCCUCAAGGGAGGCACUGGCAGGGCACCAUGCCCUGAUCACUAUUGGGCAGCUGGCUGGGUGUGGGCAGCAAAUGGGGAUUUGUUGAGUGGCCAGUUUGCAGCUCUGCAGUGACACUGAGACGCAACGAGCUGGGACCGUGGUGACACCCCCCACCCCCCCAGGGCUCCAGGCAUCCAGUCCUGACAGCACCAGUCCCACGCAGAGCAAGCGUGUCCCUCGUGAGCCUGACUCAUUUCAUGGGCUGCCAGGGUCCAGGUGGCAGCAGCUGAGCGGUGAACUCUGUUUUGUGGGCCAGGAGAGCUGUGUCCGGACGGGGUCGCUGUGGAGGACGAGGGACCCAGGUCUGCUGACAGCUCCCCCUGCUCCCCUGUUUAUGGCUCCUCCAGCCAUCCCUAUUGUCUGCCCUGGGCUGUGGGGGUGCCCCUAUCCUAGCAGUGCUGGGUCCUGGACCCACCUGGGGCAUCACGUGGCAGCAAGGGCAGCCCAGCUGUGCUAGCCUCUGCCUGGGGGAACGGGCCAGCCAGGACCAGCUGGGAGCAGCCGGCCAGGACAUUCCAAGACGCAGGCCAGGCAGUGCAGGGCGCCAAGCCCUUGGCUAUAAAUACCCUCCUGGAAGAUUCCUGUCAGGGAUCGUCUGUCCACUGAGCACGGAGCCAGCGGGCAGGGGCAGAGGGGGACCCGCAGCACCAGCCCCACUGAGGAGCUGUCCCAGCUGGCCUGGGGCCCUGAUCCCAGGGACCCCACCAUGGCUCUGCUGGGCCCAUCACUCCUGCUCUGUCUCAUCCUUGUGUCGUCGUGCUGGGCAGGCUGCGUGGAGGUGGACUCCCACACUGAGGCUGUUUUUGGGAUGACAUUCAAGAUCCUCUGCAUUUCCUGCAAGAAGCGGAGCGAGACCUCGGCCGAGGCCUACACGGAGUGGUACUUCAGGGAGAAGGGCACUGAGACCUUCACCAGGAUCCUGCGUUAUGACCCUGACGCACUGCUGGAGGUGGUGGACGAGCGGUUCCAGGAUCUGGUGGUGUGGAACGGCAGCAAGAACACGCGGGACCUGCAGGAUCUGUCCAUCUUCCUGACCAACGUGACCUAUGCGCAGGCGGGCGAGUACCUGUGCCGUGUUGACCGCAACCUCACCUUUGAUGGCUACGUCUACAACAUUGUCAUCAAUAAGACCAUCCAUGUCGAGGUGGUGGACAAGGCGAACCGGGACAUGGCGUCCAUCGUGUCAGAGAUCAUGAUGUAUGUGCUCAUCGUGGUGCUCACCAUCUGGCUGGUGGCUGAGAUGAUUUAUUGCUACAAGAAGAUUGCAGCGGCCACGGAGGCAGCUGCACAGGAGAAUGCCUCCGAGUACCUGGCCAUCACGUCAGAGAGCAAGGAGAACUGUGCCGGGGUGCAGGUGGCGGAAUAGUCCUUGGAGGCCGUCCGCAAGCCUGGGGGACCUCGUGUGGCGGGCCUGAGGUAACAGCAAGGAACGAAUGAAGGACGAGGGGAGUGAUUCGAGAUGGGGCACCCCCCAGAGAGUGCCCCCCAGCUGGCUCCCCCACACACCCUGCACACCUGGGGUCGCUCCAAACAAAGCAUGUUGUUGUGAAUCCUAGCACUUGCUCUUCCAGCCACAUGGGGGAUGGGCAGUGGGCACCUUGCUCUUUUAGACAAAUCCCUUCUCCUCAUGGUGAGCGAGGCUGCCCCUGCCACAAUGCAUGAUGGUGGAAGCAACAUGGCUACUGCUCAUGCAAUCCAAAGCUUGGCCUCAGCCUGCUCCAGCCCCCCACCCCUGCCUCUGGGCACUGCACUCGCGGUUUCUGGUUUGCACAUUUCGCGCGCUUCAGGUUAUUUUGGUUACUUCACUGCCAGCACGUUCUGGUUCUGAGGAGCGGGGGCCUGACGUGGGACACAGGAAGGGAAGGGCAUCAGAGCCCCAAACAGCUUCCAGCCUGGUCCCAGGUUACCAGCGCAAAGCAUUAGCCUCUCAGGGACUUGGGUGAGGCCUCCAGGCUGGCUGCCCAGUGGGUUCCUAGGCCUGAGCCAGACUCGAACCGGUGUCCAGGAUGCCUGCAUACUGGGAUCCCAUGGUCCCAGCCACAUGAGAGGAUGGAGGAUGCCUCCAAGAUGGCUGCCCAAUGGGUCCCAACUUGGCCACACCCAAGGCACCGUGGAGAUGGGGGAAAUGUCCAAGAUGGCUGCCCAUGAGUCCUGAGGCCCCACCCCAAGGCUGAGCCAGGCAUACACGAUGGCUGCCUUCAGGACCCCAGGCACGUUCCCUGAAGGAGCUCGUGUUUCCAUUCACAAAUGGGAUGUACCCCAUUGCCCCAGGGGGCUGCUUCGCAGACUCCCAGAGCAGACUCCCCUGGGUCCCCUACCCUCCAUCCCCUCCCAAUGGCCAAGGCACGGCAGGCAGGGCUGGGCUAGGAUUCCUCCAGGUCCCUGGCACUCAGACAGCUCCUCCCGUAGUAGUGGGGGCGGGGAGGCUGAAAUCUGAGGGAUUUGCUAGGCCUCAGCCUUCCAAGGGGUGCAGCAGACUCUACCCGCUCCCCUCCAUGCACUGACACCAGAGAUACCAGCUGCCGCCAUGCCAUCCAGCCCCCCCAUGCAAUAUCCCCCAGUGCCAUAUCCUCCCAUUCCAGCCACCCUUCCAUGCCAUCCAGCCCCCCAGUGUCAUAACCCCCAAUGCCAUCCAGCCAUAUCUCCUGUCCCUGCCAGCCAUCCCCCCCAUCCUCCCCAUGCCACCCCACUCCCCAGUGUCAUGUCCCCCUCAGUCCCCCUGGCCCAGGGGACCCAUCGCCCCAACCCAGCCACUCUGGGCUCUUCAGGGAAUACAGCUGAGUGGCUCCCAGACCCUCCUCCUCCGACCCUUGGACAGGUCCUGAGAACACACCCGUCACUGUGCCGUAGGGACUGUUCAUGGAAUAA